AUCACACCCUGGCAGGUUACUCUCAUUGUUGAAACAGUUAACUUUAGCAUCAGUCUGUAAAAUUGAAAUCUCUAACCAUCUGCGGGGCAGGCAAAUCAUUCAAUACUGAAUUUUGUGAAGGCAUCGAAAUUCAUUAUGGUGUGGAUCGUGUUAUCUUGAGUCCCUACCUUUUGGGGGCUCACUUUGAUGAGUAGUGGACCUUUGUCUUUGUUUUUGAGUUUUCUACUGAACCUCUUGUUAUCUGAUGCCUAACUAUCCUCAUAAGCCGUUGCACUUAUUCUAUGUAAUUAAUAUGUUUUCUUCAUGUGGAUGUAUUGACUGUCAAAAACUACUAACUGUUAGGUGUAUAAUGGGAGAUCUAUUUAGUUGAAAGAACAUUUGAGGUACUGUAAAGUCUCUGAUUUAUCGUGUUAGAUUUGGUGAGAGAUUACAAGGCUGGGCUUCUCUAAACACGUAGGAUCCACCACCUUAAAGCUGAAGGACCCCCCACCCCCAACAAAACACAAAACCCUCUACACUGUUCCCUUGUGAUUCUAUGAAAAGCCAAUAUUAUAAAGGAGUGCAUAAAGAACCAAGAGAAAGCAAAACUUCUUCAGUCAGAAUUUCAUCUUUAACAUAAGCCCCUUCAGAUAUUUUGACUCCUUUGUGUAUGUUGCUUACCUGCUUCCCAUGAACCCUUUUGAUCGACACCUUUGAAGCUCUACUAAUACAUACAACUCCUAUCGAACUAGAAAUUUCUUUAACUCUCCAGAAGUAGAAAACAUAUUUUCUCCAUGUCAGCUGAUGAUAAUGCAACCGGCCUUCGUGUUGCAUCAUUUUCCUGUUACCUCAGCAACCCCGAGGAGAGCUUUGUACACAAACUGAAUGGGGGUGCAGUUGAGCCUGCUUUUAUUUCACCCCCUGAGACACCAUUUUCUGUUACUAAGGCAGCUACCAAAGAUAACCUUGCCAAUCUUCGAAUGGAGUCUUUCUCUUCUUAUCUCAAAACCGGGGAAGACAACUUUGCGUUUAAGGCUUCAGGAGCUCCAGUUCGAGAUCCUACUAUUGCUUUUGUGUUUCCUCAACAGCCUUCGUUUCAUAGUGCAACGCAACUGGAACAAAUCAAGUCCAAAGAUGGAGAGAUUAGCAUAUUUGGUGCUGACAAGUACUUCAACAUGCAACUGGAUUAUGGAGCUGCCUCUCCAGCUGGGGUGAAGUAUAGGGGGAGACUAAAUGAAGGAACAGUAGAUGUGCCCCAUGUGAAGCACAAUUCCCAGUCGGAAACUCCUAGCAUUUGUUCUGAGUCAAGCAGCUGGAAUAGCAAAAAUGCCCUGUUACAGAAUCUUCGGCGAAAUGUAUUGUAUCCCACAAAGCAGAAGAAGAUGACAAGAAUGAGAUUUUUGCCUACUUUCAGUUGUCAAGGCCCUUGUUUGGACAAGAAAGCAGUGUAUGUGAAUGAAAGUAUAGGACUUGGAUUUUCCCAGCCAGGAUCAAAGCGAAGUCCUUUUGCCUUGAGUUCUGGCCCUUGUGGAACAGAGGUUCAAACACACUGGGAUGAUCAUAAUCUAAGCAUCGAAGACCAAAGAAAGUCACUGGAAGUGUUUGGCGCUGGCAAAAUAGGAAAAGGAGAUAUAGCAGUGAACUUAGAGAGGAAACUAUCUAUGUUAACCUGGGACGCCAUUCCCAAGGCCCAAAACCUCCAUGGAAGCAGCACGGCCUGUGAUGACAUGGCUAGUGAUGCUAGCUCUGAUUUAUUCGAAAUUGAGAAUAUAUCCAGCAGCGAAUAUGGACUUUUGAAUACACAAACAUCAGGUGAUUAUAGCAGCUGCAUGUCUCCAACAACUCAGUAUGAUGCACCAAGCGAGGCCAGCAUUGAGUGGAGCGUUGUCACAGCCAGUGCUGCUGAUUACUUGUCUGUUAUCUCAGAUUAUGAUGAGAAGAACUUUGGCUUUGGUGAUUACACAAGUUCAAGAAACACAGCCAAUAAAACCACCAAAAUCAAGAACCCUGCUGUCAAAGAGGUGCAAAAAACUUACCCCAGCACUGGGCUUUUAGGUUGCAAGACCCAAAAAGCAGUAAAUGUGGCUGAAACUGCGCGUAAAGCAAAACUAAGAUGAAUUUUCCUCUUUUAGUUCAGUAAAUUUGUGAGAAUAAUAUUUUCUUAUCAUUAAAAAAAAAAAGAGUGUAAAAACUUAAUGGUUUGGUUGGAGUUGUACUUUGUACAAUCAUAGCUUAAUCACUAUCUUCUUGUCUUCAAUAAAAGAAAAAGUUUGUAUUAUUGUA